AUGCUCCACCGGGUUUCCCUGCGCAUCAUCUCAGGAGCGAUGCUUGCUCCGGUGCUGGCAGAGUUCAUGGACCGGGAGCUGGUGGCCCCGGCGGGGUCAUGUUGGAGGAACGGCAGCUGGCUUGACUGCUGCGCUGGGGGGCAAAAGUGCUGGGGGAAUGUGAGGAGGCAGCGGAUGUGCUGCAGCAGCUCCCCGGAGCUCCAGCCUAUGUUGACGGACUUGGACAGAUGCAGCAAUGACUUUGCCCUGCGCCGCCUCUAUCGGUACGUGUCGCACCAACAGAUUGGCUUCCAAGAGGACUGUAUAUCUGUAGUGGUUUGCAAACCUACUGAAGCGGGCUGGAGAGCAUCAUGGAGUGGCCAGCCAGAGUGCUCGGCUGGGUCGUCAGCCAAAUUGGUGCCGCCUCUGACAGAUCAUCUCUGCGACACGCUGGAUCCACCACCAGCAGAUGCGUGGUACGAUAGGUUGGGCUUCGAACGAGUUCGCCACAGAUACCGCUUCGGGACAGCCGCCAGGGAUCAAUGUGCAGUGCCAGCGUGGAUGCUAGUCAAAGAAGAGACGCUGCGGUUGUACUCGCUGAUCCAGUCAAAGUCGCGCGUAGCACGAGUGUUGAUCAACAUUGGAGCCGCAGAUGGGGUGACCAGUGACCCUUUGGGUGGCAUCCUUAGAACUUUUGCGAGUCCUGGCCCCUGGAAGGGCAUCUAUUUCGAGGCCGCCCAAGAGAAUUGCCUUGCGCUACGAAAGCUCUUGGAUGAGACUGGUGCCCGGAUUCAUGUGGAGUGUGGCUACACGACGCCGACUACGGUGGCCCAGACCAUCUGCCAAGAGCUCCGACAUCAGGAGAUUCCAGGUAUCACCGAGGUCUGCGACGGAGCGGCUACGCUUGGCAUGAGCAUGACCGACGAUGUGCCAGCAGAUGUGCGGGUGGAAGUGGAUGCUAUGAACGUUGACAUCGAUUCCUUCGACUGCGCGGUGCUGCGCGAAGCCCUUCGUCUGCUGAGUCCCAAGAUGAUUGUCGUGGAAAUUUUCCCAUAUCCUCCUCCGAUCGUGGUCGCUUCGGAUUUCCAUCCGUACCACCAAGAGACAGAGAGGAACAUCUCAGGCGCUUGGGCAAAGCUCGGUGGCACGGCUCGCAAAGGUGCCUUCGUGCCUGGCUGUUCCCUGAGUGCCGCCAUCGCCCUGCUCUGGCCCCACGGCCUCGGGCUCUACCGCCUCAGCGCACGGGACGCGCUCUUCGUGCGCGGCGACGUCGCGAGGGAGAUCCUUGGGCCCACGUGGGUGCCGGCCGAUGAGUUCCAGUGCUGGAGGAAGCUCUGCGCAGAUCUGUCGUCAAAGGAGAACUUGAUGAAGCUCACGUCCUUGGGAGUCUAUGAUUUCUUGAUGCCCUUCGUGCAUCAGCGCAUCCGAGAUGUUCUUCUAAAUGGCUCCUACCCGAUGCAUCCGCUGUCCGUUGGAGUGGCCAUGCCGCCCCCUGCGCACGAUCUGCCCGAUGUGAAGCGGUUUGGGAGCCAAGGUUGGAAUGCAAAGAAGAAAAAGAAGAAGCUCUCGGGGUUUCGGGUUUAG